AUGCGGUUGCAGCACGUGUGCCUCUCGCAGCCGCUGCCGUCCAAUUUUCGCUCUCAUGUCUCAAUCUGGCAUCCUGGGUACAUUCGUGGCGAGGACACCAUGUUCUCUCUUCCAUGUCUGGAUGAAGUUGGUCCCGAGGACGUGGCAGAUGACGAAGUCGUCGAUGGAAAUAGAAAAGUCCGCUUAGCACAAGCUGGUUAUGGCGUUCACUUUGGGACCAUGUUAUUGGUCUGUCAAGUUAUCACAGGAAAUUCGUUUGACACGGCUUACUUGAGCUACGACCGCAAAGGCAACAACAAGGUGCAAAUGAAUGCUCGAGGGAUUCUGACGCAUGACCAAUACUUCCUCCACGUCCCUCAAAGCGACAGAGAUACAACAUCAUACGCGGUCACACCCAACUUUGAAAAUUGGCGAUUUCCUGAAGCUCUUCCUAGUUCAUGGCAUUCUAUUGCGAUUACUCCACGCGAUAGUAAACCGAGCUGCAUAAUCUCGGGUCGUAUGGCGACAGAGAAGGCUCACGUCAUACCUCAAUCCCAGGACAAGUGGUACACAAACAAUGCCAUGAGCGACUAUUCACAAGGUGCCGAGUCGGUUCACAAUAGUGUCGACAACAUGAUUCGGCUCCGCGCCGAUCUUUCCAGGAUCUUGCAUGAUUGCGCCUUUGCUUUGGUUCCGAAAUCAGACACUAACGGGCGAGAACAUACUGUCGUACACUUCUUCUCCACCACUAAUGGCGCUGGCGACGCCGCUUUCUGGCAUCAUAACCAAAAGGUACACAGCCUUGCAUCUGUGGCACCGCAGUUCCUGUUUGCCCGAUUUGCUCUGACGGUGUUUGCUCGUAUUAAAGACUUUAUGCUUAGAGGAGAAUGCCGCCAGAUUGCGGUGGUGCUUCGUGGGAUCGACUCGAGCGGUUCUCCUGCGUGGGUUACCCGGGAAGUUGAAAUGGAUCGUGCACAGCGACUGAGCCGGUACGGUCCUUUGACUUUGCAUAAGAGAGCCAGGCCUCAAUGUUGCGAAUCCCAGCAAGACGACGACCAAAAAAGUCCUGAGGGGGUUCGAAUGUUUGGGUAUGGGUUGGGGGAGCCGGAAGAUUAUACGUCGCGAACCAGGGCAUGGCUUGGGGCUGAUGAGACAAGGUCAAUUUCUGAAAUUUCCUCAGACGGUUCUCUCGACUUGCGCUACUGCUGA